GGCGACCGCAGCCGCGGCGGAGCCACCGGACGGGCUCGGCGUGACGGCGACCGCGGCGGCGGCCAGGUCCCUGCGGUGGCCGGGGGAGCAUGGUGGCUGCCUGUUUCCUCGGCCCCCUUGUCUGGCACAGCUGGAAGAACCGACAUCCUGGGGUUCGGGCGGCCCCCAACAUGAGGGAGUGAGCGGCCGUACCAGCCCCACCAACAGAUGGGGGGCCCCGCGGUGCAGUGAGUUGAGCCGGCGCCACCGACCCCGUCCCGGCCGUUGGCCGAUGGUGCACAAAGUGACCGGGGACCCUGGCCAGGGCCGGGCGACGACAGUGGACUGCGAGGUGUGAGCGUCCACACGGCAUCCCCUGGUUCCACUCCUCGCCUGAGACUUCAUGGUGCUUGGACAGGCCUGAGAGCCCCGAGCUGGCCCCCCACCCAGCCGAUGGGGCCAGUGGGGCCCCCCUGACUGUCCAGCGACUGUGUGGCCGUCCCCCUGCCCGGCCAUGGCGGGCGCCGAGGGCUUCCAGUACCGCGCGCUGUUCCCGUUCCGCCGGGAGCGGCCGGAGGACCUGGAGCUGCUGCCGGGCGACCUACUGGUGGUGAGCCGGGCGGCCCUGCAGGCGCUGGGUGUGGCUGAGGGCGGCGAGCGCUGCCCGCAGGCUGUGGGCUGGAUCCCCGGCUUCAACGAGCGCACGCGGCAGCGGGGAGACUUCCCCGGCACCUACGUCGAGUUCCUGGGGCCCGUGGCCCUGGCCCGGCCUGGCCCCCGUCCCCGCGGCCCCCGCCCUGUGCCUGCCCGGCCCCAGGAGGGGCCCCCCGAGCCAGGCUUCACGCUCCCCGACCUGCCCGAGCAGUUCUCCCCGCCCGAUGUGGGGCCCCCCAUUCUCGUGAAGCUGGUGGAGGCCAUUGAGCAGACAGGGCUGGACAGCGAGACCCUGUACCGGCCGGAGCCGCCGGCCCCGCGCACAGACUGGUCCCUGAGCGACGUGGAGCAGUGGGACGCGGCGGCGCUGGCGGACGGAGUCAAGGGCUUCCUGCAGGCGCUGCCCGCGCCGCUCGUGACGCCGGAGGCCGUGGCCGAGGCGCGCCGGGCCCUGCGGGAGGCCGCGGGGCCCGUGGGGCCGGCGCUGGCGCCCCCGACGCUGCCGCUGCACCGCGCGCUCACCCUGCGCUUCCUGCUCCAGCACCUGGCGCGGCUCGCCCGGCGCGGCCCCGGCCCCGGCGCCCUGCGCGCCCUCGCCGCCGCCUUCGCGCCGCUGCUGCUGCGCGCGCCGCCGCUACCGGGGGGCGCGCCCGACGGGACGGAGACCGGCCCCGACUUCCCACUGCUGCUGGUGGAGAAGCUGCUGCAGGAGCAUCUGGAGGAGCAGGAGGCUGCACCCCCAGCGCUGCCGCCGAAGCCCCCCAAGGCAAAGCCGGCCCCCACGAGCUUGGCCAAUGGGGGGAGCCCGCCCUCCCUGCAGGAUGCUGAGUGGUACUGGGGGGACAUCUCCAGGGAGGAGGUGAAUGAGAAGCUCCGGGACACGCCAGAUGGCACCUUCCUGGUGCGAGAUGCUUCCAGCAAGAUCCAGGGGGAGUACACGCUGACCCUCAGGAAAGGCGGCAACAACAAGCUGAUCAAGGUGUUCCACCGUGACGGGCUGCACGGCUUCUCCGAGCCCCUGACCUUUUGCUCCGUCGUGGAGCUCAUCACCCACUACCGCCACGAGUCGCUCGCCCAGUACAACACCAAGCUAGACACGCGGCUGCUCUACCCGGUGUCCAAGUACCAGCAGGACCAGGUUGUCAAGGAGGACAGCGUGGAGGCGGUAGGCGCCCAGCUCAAAGUGUACCACCAGCAGUUCCAGGACAAGAGCCGCGAGUAUGACCAGCUCUACGAGGAGUACACGCGGACCUCCCAGGAGCUGCAGAUGAAGCGCACAGCCAUCGAAGCCUUCAACGAGACGAUCAAGAUCUUCGAGGAGCAGGGCCAGACGCAGGAGAAGUACUGCAAGGAAUACCUGGAGCGCUUCCGGCGGGAGGGCAACGAGAAGGAGAUACAGAGGAUCCUGCUGAACGCCGAGCGGCUCAAAUCGCGCAUCGCCGAGAUCCACGAGAGCCGCGCGAAGCUGGAGCAGGAGCUGCGGGCCCAGGCCUCCGACAACCGGGAGAUCGACAAGCGCAUGAACAGCCUCAAGCCGGACCUCAUGCAGCUGCGCAAGAUCCGAGACCAGUACCUGGUGUGGCUCACCCAGAAAGGCGCCCGGCAGAAGAAAAUCAACGAGUGGCUGGGGAUCAAAAACGAGACCGAGGACCAGUACGCAUUGAUGGAGGACGAGGACGACCUGCCCCACCACGAGGAACGGACGUGGUACGUGGGCAAAAUCAACCGCACACAGGCCGAGGAGAUGCUGAGCGGCAAGCGGGACGGCACCUUCCUCAUCCGGGAGAGCAGCCAGCGGGGCUGCUACGCCUGCUCCGUGGUGGUGGACGGUGACACCAAGCACUGCGUCAUCUACCGCACGGCCACUGGCUUUGGCUUUGCCGAGCCCUACAACUUGUAUGGCUCGCUGAAGGAGCUGGUGCUGCACUACCAGCACGCGUCACUCGUGCAGCACAACGACGCGCUGGCCGUCACGCUGGCCCACCCCGUGCGUGCCCUGGGUCCCGGGCCCCCACCUGCUGCCCGCUGACUGCUGACCACCAGGCACUGAGGACGGCACUGGGCAGAGCCGCCACCCAGGCCGGGUUGGGGCCUCGGCAUCCCGCCUGCAAACCGUGCUCGGUGCCCCUCUUUCUUCUUUCUUCUCUCCAUCUUUCUUUCUCUGGUUUCUUUUUGUCCCUCCCUGUCUGUCUCUCUCCGUGUCCUUUUUCUCUCUUGUCCCUCUUUGCACUCUCUCUCCCUCUCACCGUUUCUCUGUCUCUCUCAAGCUCUCCGUCUCUUGGUCUCUGGGUUGGGGUCCUGUUCUCCCCUCCCCAAGGGUCUGGCUGCCCCUGCCUGGCCUGGGCACCCUCCUUUUAAGCCCUCGUCGGGCAGGAAGGAACUUCGCUGAGUCGCAUCCAAGAACCCCGGCUGGGAUAUUUUGGGCCCAACUUCCCCUCCAAAUGCUGAAGUGAAACCCACUGCCGGGUGAUCCCCAUGGGGGGCUGCUGCCGCAGAGAUCCCCCACCCCACCGCACCCUGCAGCAGCGCAAGAGAGAACCGGACCUGGGCCAGCCCACAUGGCCACCGAGCCGGGCGUGACACUGCCACUGGGCACUGCGGGGGCUUCUCUGCAUGCCAGCUCCUCAGUUUCACUCUGUCUUUGGCCGCCAGACCCCCUUUUCUGAACUCUUUUGGGACGAGAGCCCCGAUUUUCUAGCCGCCUCCCCAGCCAGGCUGGGUGGCAGGUUUUGUAUGGUACGUGGGUGCAUCGAUAAGGAAAUAAAACCUGAACUGGG